AUGGAGAACUUCGAGACCAAUCACCCGGGCAACGACAACGACAACCAGCAGCAGCCUCGAGAUGCCCUUGCUGAUGGUCGGCGCAUCUAUAUGGGUAAUUUGCUUUACUCGGUCACUCCCGGAGACAUCGAACAGAUGCUUCAGGAUACCGGCCAUGGCCAGUUUGACAAAGUGCAUAUCUCUAUCGACCCUGUCAGCGGUCGCAACCCUGGAUACUGCUUCAUCGAGUUCUGCGCUCGUGAGGGCGCCGACCGCGCUCUGGCUGAGCUUCCGGGCACUCUUCUCUUCGGCCGUCCUGUGAAGGUUGGCCCCUGUCAUCCUAAGACCCAACGGCAGUCCAGAUGGCCGGGCAGUCGUGGUUCCAACUAUCAGCCAACUUUCCAGCGUUGGGGCGAUUGGCGAGCGGGGGAUGCUGACGCGGUCGCGGCAAAGCAACUGCAGCUGCAGAGGGAGGUGGAGGCCUCAGGCCAGUCGCUUCUCCAACGUGAUGACAGCGUCGAGGAGCAGGGCCCGUCGGGGGCCAUUCGCCACAUCGACAUUCGGAACCGCGUUGGUGAUGGCACCCAGCUGUAUGUUGGCGGCUUGGGCAAGAUGAUUGAUCAGGAGCAUCACGAUAUAGAGAUGAGAGAGCUGUUUGCCGGAUUUGACUUUGUUACCAUUGGCAAGCGCAUCACCGCCCACGAAUCUACCCGACAUCUGCCCGGCAACCACAACUACUGCUUCGUUGACUUCCGCACGCCAGAGGAAGCCGCCCGUGCUCUUAACACGAUGAAUGGCGCACCUUUGCCUGGUGGAGGUUACCUGAAGCUGUCGUACCCUCGUCACAAGGUGACAAAGCACAUUGCUCUGCCUGGCGUCCAGGCCCAGCGCGUGGAUCGCUGGGGUCAAUCCAGUCUAGGGGAGGCCAGUCGCGGUUCAUGGGAGCCCCGAAACGACGGUUACAGGGAGCCGCCGCGUGGACGAAGUGGCUACCCAGCGCAUCGAGAACGUGCCCAGAACGGUCUCGAUGGCGAUAGGGAGCAGCGCUCGGAGAAGAGGAGAGAGCAGAGCGAGCGGCAGAAGGCCAUCAUGGCUGCUGCUAGCUGGCGCUCGGGGGCCGGUGCAACCGCUUAG